CUUUUCUCUUUCUCUUUCUUUUUAUUUUAUUUUAUUUUAUUAAUACAUAAAACAUUGUAUGACUUCAUAAAGAACUUUAUGAUAGCUCAGUGUCCGAGUGUCUGCAACUUACUCUUAUCUCAGCUCUCUGCAACUUGGGAAUCUUAUUUCAGGUCUCUCAUAGUUCUUGAAAAGCUCUAAGAAAAGCUUAUCAUACCUAUCCAAGUGACAAUUCAAUCAAAAUUUGAGAGUUCUAAUGGCAAACCCUUUUCACCAAUCUUUACUUCUUCUCUUCUUCAUGGUGUUUUUGUCAAUCCAACACUCAUCUCAGCUUCAACCUUCUCAAUCUCAAGCCCUACUGAAAAUCAAGCAAUUACUGAACUACCCCUUAGCUCUAAGCAGCUGGAGUGAAGAAAGAGACUUCUGCAAUAUUGAGCCAAACCCUUCAAUAACUCUUGUGUGCUAUGAAGAUAGCAUAACUCAGCUUCAUAUUUUUGGGAACAAUGGCUUUUCUCAAACACGUCAUAGUCUCUUUACUGAAUCUUUCUUCUCCAAUCUUGCUAGUCUUCCAAGCUUGAAAGUCCUCUCUUUGGUUUCUCUAGGUCUAUGGGGACCACUGCCUAAUAGUGUUGGCAGUUUGUCUUCCUUGGAAAUACUCAAUAUUAGUUCAAAUUACCUUAGUGGAACUAUCCCUAUGGAGGUUUUAUCUUUGAGGAGCCUCCAAACCCUAAUAUUGGAUCACAACAUGUUCACAGGUGAAGUACCACACUGGCUAAGUACACUACCAAUGUUGGCUGUUCUAAGUUUUAUGAACAAUUCACUUACUGGUUACCUUCCAAAUUCCUUAUCAAGUAUGGAAAAUCUCCGAAUUCUUAGGGCUUCGAGGAAUCAUUUGUUUGGAGAAGUGCCUAAUCUUUGCAACCUGACAAACCUUCAAACGCUUGAUUUGGAAGACAACAAUUUUGGUCCUCAUUUUCCUAAUGUGAGUACUAAGUUGAUGACUCUUGUGCUCAGAAAGAACAGGUUUCGCUUUGGCCUACCGGCCAAUUUAAGCUCAUAUUAUCAACUUCAGAAGCUGGAUGUUUCUUUGAAUGAGUUUGUAGGACCCUUUUCACCAUCCUUACUGUCACUGCCUUCGCUAUAUUAUCUUGAUGUUGCAGAAAACAGGUUCAGGGGAAUGCUUUUUCGAAACAUGUCUUGCAAUGCUGAACUUGUUUUUGUGAAUUUGUCGUCGAAUCGUUUGACCGGAGAAUUGCCUGCUUGUUUAGAGUGGGGUUUUAAUAGCAGGGUUGUCCAGUGUGAUGGGAAUUGUUUAUCAAACAGUAGUCAGAAGCAGCAUCCAUACUUAUAUUGCCAUAAUGAAGCUCUGGCCGUGAAAAUCAUGCCCCGGGAACAGGAGAAAAGUCCAGUUCAUAGGGGGGUUCUUGCAGCAGGUUUAGUGGGAGGAAUUGUAGCAGGAAUUGCACUUUCUGGUCUGGUUUUUUCGGUUACUAGAAGAGUUUCUGGAGGUAUAACUAUUGCAACAUGUCAAAGAGAUAUACUGGAGAAAGUGUCACCUGCAUACACAAUGAAACUGCUUUCAGCUGCAAGAUAUAUUUCUGAAACGAUGAAGAUGGGAGCACUUGGCCUUCCUCCAUACCGGACUUUUGUGUUGGAGGAGCUUAAGGAGGCUACGAAUGACUUCAGUAAGUCAAAUGUCAUAGGUGAAGGGUCUUAUGGUCAGGUCUACAAAGGAUGGCUCAUAGAUGGCACUGUUGUCGCUAUUACAAGCUUGAAAAUGAGAAAGAGGCACAACAUCCAGACCUAUACACAUCAAAUUGAGCUGAUUUCAAAACUUCGACACAGCCAUUUGGUUUGUGCUAUUGGGCACUGCUUUGAGUGCUACCCAGAUGAUUCGAGCGUCAGCAGAAUAUUUCUGGUCUUUGAGUUCGUGCCUAAUGGGACACUUAGAGGCUGGAUAUCUGAGAGACUUCCAGGACAAAUUUUCAGUUGGACUCAAAGGAUGACAGCUGCUAUUGAAAUUGCUAGGGGUAUUCAAUUUCUGCAUACAGGGACUGUGCCUGGUGUAUUUUCAAAUAAUUUGAAAAUUACAGAUGUUUUCAUGGAUCAAAAUCUGCAUGCGAAAAUUAGCAGUUAUAAUCUGCCAUUGUUAUCUGAAAAUAAGAGACAGGUAGGUGAUGCAGCAUCUUCCACAGUAACACAAGAAAAUGUUCGAGGAAGGGUAAGACACGCGGACAAAGAUGAUGUUUAUGAUCUGGGAGUAAUCUUACUAGAAAUCAUUGUGGGAAGGCCAAUACUGUCCAAAAAUGACAUCAGUGUUGCAAAAGAUCUUUUGCAAGUAAGUUUGACAGCUGAUGAGGUAGCUCGAAGGAGUAUAGUUGAUCCGGCAAUUCGCAAGGAGUGUUCAGAUGAAUCGUUGAAAACAACGAUGGAGAACUGUGUGAGGUGUCUGUCCAAUGAACCAACAGAUAGGCCUUCUGUCGAGGAUGUCCUCUGGAACUUGCAGUUCGCGGCUCAGGUUCAAGAUUCCUGGAGGGGAGACUCCAAGAGCAGUCAAGGGUCGCCUAUCAUGUGUUCUAUAUAGUACUAACGUUAAAAGUUUCUAAGCUUCCAUGUAUUUACUAAUGUAUGGUUUCAGGUACAAGUUCCAUACUAUUUGAGGAAUAUAAACGUUUUAAAGCAUUCCCAGUA